CGUCAACGCAGACAGCAGAGCACCGGGGAGGACACCGAGAGACCGACCGCAUAGACAGGUUCACCGGGCAGCCAUGGCGGCGCCGUUAGCCCACUUCGAUGAGGACUGGCAGGACUUCAACGAAUUCAAGCCGUCCUCGGAGUCGGCCGAGCAGCUGGACCAGCUGAACUCAAACGUAGGCGACCCAUCGGGCCUAGACGACUUCUCCGAUCUGGACAACAGUUUCUCCGGGGAGAUCUGCAGCUUCAAGUCGAUGGAGGACCUGGUUCACGACUUCGACGAAAAGCUAACCGUGUGUUUCCGAAACUAUAACACCGCGACGGAAAACAUCGCUCCCAUUAAACCAAUCACAGAGGAGAAUUACCUGAAAGACGACGAGGUGUGGAACUCUUUGACCAAUAACUACGGAAACGUGAUGCCUGUGGACUGGAAGACGUCCUACACUCGGUCCUUGCACCUGCCUGCCCUCAAGCUCAAAGAUCAAGAGGGACAGAAGACGGAUAACCAGUCUUUGGAUCUGUCCGACGAUGAGGAUGAGGAGCUGCGGGAACAGCUGGAUAUGCACUCAAUCAUUGUCUCCUGCAUUAAUGAAGAGCCUCUCUUCACUGCUGAACAGGUGAUAGAGGAGAUCGAAGAGAUGAUGCAGGAAUCUCCCGACCCGGACGAUGACGAGAGUCCUUCCCAGUCCGACCUGUCGAUGCUCUCUCAGGACCUCGGCGCUUUGAAACGAUCCGGCUCCAACACCAGCUUUGAGGAACGGCUUCGUCAGCUGUCUGUGUCGGAGCUCAGCCGGACCCUGGAGGAAGUGGAGGCGGCCAUCCGCCGCUACAGCGAGGAGCUGAUCCAAGCUCUGGCGCUGCGAGACGAGCUGGACUUUGAGAAGGAGGUCAAGAACAGCUUUAUUUCGCUGCUGAUCGACGUGCAGAACAAACAGAAGGAGCACCGCGAACUGCUGCGCAAGAAGAAGAAAAUCCGUAGUACAACCACGACGGGGCCCAACGGUCAGAGGACAAACAGCACACACAUACCAGGCACGCUCCUCACUCUGGAGGGACUCUCCAAUGUCAUUCAAAAUGGUCUCCGUCAAACUUUUGGCCACUCAGGAGGGGAUAAACAGUAUCUGACCACGGUGAUCCCCUAUGAAAAGAAAGCAGGCUCUCCUUCUGUAGAAGACCUCCAGAUCCUCACAAAGAUCCUUCAUGCCAUGAGGGAUGACAGCGAGAAGGUACCAGCCCUCCUAACAGAUUACAUACUGAAAGCUCUCGUAUGAAAGCGGAGGAACCUGAGGUUCGUGAGGCUAACCCCGCUCAUUGACAUUGAACGCCUCAUCUUCCUCCCUGUCUGCGCAAUAUUCCCUUUUUCACCAGAGCAAUCAGCCUCCCACCCCUCCGUCGCUCUCUGCCGUGGUGCCAGUUGUGCUGUAUGGUGCUUCUAGCCGUGCUACACCCACUCUGAAAAACACAGCCCACUCGCGCUCAUAAUUUCCCCUCGCUCUGCCAGCUUGUAGUAGCAGCUGUUGGUGUGCUUGCUUCUCACCUGUAGUCGGGGGUUUCCUCGCCUCUAACCACACAUUCCUCCCGGCUGUAGCUGCUCUGCCAUACUCCACACCUCUGCUGCUUCAUGUGCUGCAGCGAUUCUCACCAGCUGUUUAUCUAUAUAUUUUUUUCUCCACAGUUCUUUGUCCCACGUAAAUUCAGACGGGAAGCUUUGGCCUCUUCAGCGUCGAGCGGCAGAGGAGGGUUUCAGUUUUGGAAAAACGCAGGAACUGAUUUAAAUCCAAACCUUCUUUCCUUUUUUUUCUUCUCAGUUUUCCUCGUGGAACUUUCUGCUCUGCCUCUCUCCUCGUAUUCUUUACUUUUGAUACGACUCUUAAGUCUUUUGUAGUUCUUUUUAAGUUCUAAUAUUUAGUUAGUUUUUUUUAUUCAUUCAGUGCUCCAUGUUUUCAUAUUGUGACUUUACACAGGUGCAUCUCAAUAAUUGAUACUAAAGUAAACUUUUUGAUGAUGCAAGUCGUUGCUAAGGAGAAACUCAUUUUAUAUGAAUUCUCUACACACAGAAUGAUAAAUUUCAAUUGUUUGUUUCUGUUAGUUUUCGAUGAUUAUGGCUUACAACUUAUGCAAAAACCAAAUUUACCCUCCAUCUAUUGAGUAAGCCACAAAAUGGCAUUGCUGAAGACAUUUGCUGUUCAGAAUUUUGUAUCCCAGCAUAUUAAGAGAAGGUUGAGUGGAAGGAAAAAGUGCAGUAGUAAAAAGGUCCACAAGCAAAAAGUAAAAGUGGUACUAUUACUAAUAUUCCACCUUAGUGAUAAUCCUCUUAUUUCAGUCUUAAAUAAUAUUUUAAUAUCUUGUGAAAUUAAUUUGGGGUUUUUCAGCAACUACAGGCAACAAUCAUCCAAACUGGCAUAAAUAAACAUUUGAAACAUAUCGACUCGAUGUUAAAAACUCAUAUCCGGCAUUUCUUUCUCAAGCUGAACUGCUGAAAUCAGCUUUUCGAUGAUACUCGAAUAUAUUGAGAUGCACCUGUAACGACUCAUGUGGAUGCCAGUAAUCAGUGUUAGCCUGAACACCUCACUUCCUGAUUAGCCAGGUGCUAUUGGAGAAAAACAAACGAUCCUUGAAGGUGUUUUGUUGUUUUUUUUAUCCGCUGAAAUCCAUCGGCAGGCCUCUGCAAGGGAAAUGCAGCCCAAACAGCCUGCUUUGAUUAUCAAAUCCACUUUCCCUCAGCUGCCUGACAGGGAAAACAAGUCCUGGUGUGAUCGGUGAAAAAGUGCCAGGCAAGUCGAAGGCAUCAAGCAUUGAUUAUCCCCAUGAUUUAUUGCACGAUUUUUAAGCUCAGCUCUCUCAAAAUCACAGAGGAAGCCCUUUAAUUUAAAACUUUAAAACUGUUUGUUGCAUGUUAGUUUCAGGUACAAGCUGUGUGAAGCUGAAUGUUUAAAAUGAGACGUUUUCUACAUGACUGAGAGGGAUUGCACAGUUUGAAAAAGGGACAAAAAUGAUCAAAGUCGUGAAAAAAAUAUUUUUGGAUAAGAAUUUUUUUUUUUAAGUUAACAAGAUGAGGGAUUGGAAUGAUUUUUCUAGAUGUUGUGAUGUCAACCCCAACAAAUUCACCACUUCCACGUAGGAUUAGUUUGCAGAUUCCUCUUGUUUCAUAUGUGCAUUGGUGGGAAAUAAUGUAUUAACUAAGUUUACGUCGGCAUUAAUUGUUGUUCUGUCACAUAAGUUAUCUGUGUUUUAGGACAUUGGCUUUAAGGACAGCGGGGUUGCACUUUAUCAGUGACCUGAUGGUGCAAAGGUGGAGUUCUGCAGAAUAUAGCACAGAGUGGAUCUCAUCAGCGAACGAUGAAAAAUCUUUGUCAAAAUGGAAUCAUUUUAAAUGAGCAUUCCUCUGGUUUUUCAAGAGAAACGUUAGUGAACAACAUUUCCGCUCAGUUUUCUCUUUAGUAAAGUCAGUGACAGAAAUGAUUUGAGGAGGUUCUGUGAUUAUAAUUAAUGUUAUCGGACUAAACAUUUAAAAGAUUCAAUGAGGAAAUUGGAAAUCCUUCAUUGAAAGGCUGUGGACUAUAGUAGUCUAAAUGUAUGUAACUUGGUUAAAGAUUGUGAAGGUUGGGUAGUUGUGGCUGAUAGUUUUUUUUAUGUUUAGUUGAAUGUAAAAGUAUCUUAUGAUAGUUUAAGUCAAAAUUUUAGCCAGUCAAGCCCGUUGCAUUUUAGCAUCUAUAUAUGAAAUCCCAGUUUUAUUGUCUUUUAGAAUUCUAGUUGUACACUUUUAAGAUCCAGUCAGAAUUUGCGUGCUGCCUGAAAUGUUGACAGUGAAGUGAAUUGGGGUGAAACAUUAGAAACGGCUAAAACAUGAGAAAAAUAUUUUACUAGCAGCUGCCUAGUUUCCUUAUGGCUUGUGCCGACUUAAAGCUAUGAGUCCUGCAGGGAAUCACCGGUGUGUGAUCACAGAUGAAGUUGGUACGCAAACAUUCAGGUCAGGUGUCGCUUAGGUCUCAGGUACAGUCGUCGGUGUCGGUACUUUAACGUUCUUGUUCUGGUAGAUAAAACAUUCCCAACUCAGUUUACAUGUCUAGUCUUGUCAGAGUUUCUAUAAGGACUUGAUUCGUGUCACCUGCAUGAUAAUAAUAAAACAUGAUCAAAGACGCGUUUUGCAGAAAACGUCCCAGGAGAAGCUUCCUGUGUAAUGGCUCAGGUGGUGUUUUCACUGCGUCUGCUUCAGUGUAGCAAUUUUAGAUAUGUCACCAAAGUCGAUCACAUUACAUAUAACUGCCCAUACUUUCUGAAACUCUCUCAGACAAUGCUAGGUACUUUCCGAAGCUUUUCUGAAACCUGGUGGGUACAUUCAGGAACUUUGCAGUUACUUUCCCAAAACCUUAAUGGAACUCGCUGGUUACCUUCCCGGAUCUUACUGAGUAUUUUCCUUGAACUUAUUGGAUGCUUUCUGGAUCUUAAAAGAUAUUUUUCUUGCGCUUUAAGGGAACUUUCUGGUUACUUCCCAGAAACAUUCUGGUUACUUUCUAGGACCUUGCAUGGAAAUAACUACUAAGCUCUCUGAAAGUUUCAGAAAAGUAAACCUUUAAGUCCCAGGAAGGCACUAGUAAAUUAUUAGCCACCUCAUAACACAGCCCAAUUGUUGAAAGUAUCCUCUCAGUUCUGGGAAAGUAACCAACGAAUUCCAUUCUGGAGAUGAACCACUAAGUUCUGUGGAAAAUAUGGGCUGUAUUGUGAAGCGCUACCGGAUUGGGAGACUCCAAGAAGGAAAAUGUUUUGGUGGGUGAAGUGGGUGUUGGGGAAGAUUGCACAUCGAUUUGCAAAAAAGUAAGAGGUAAUGAUUUUAUCUUUCUUCUAUUGUUUCAAAACAAUAUAUAUAUUUAAAUAUUUGUAUGUGACAUGUUUCUACAGAUGCCAGCUAUUUUCAACCCAGCAUGUGCUGCAUGCACUUUACUGCUGCUGCUGCAGAAAACACAUUUCCAAUGAUUAGUGAUUUGUUUACAGACAUAUUUAAAUAUCACACUAAAGGGAAAAGUGCAUGUUGCAGCAAUAUCAAGAAAACUGGAAAGGAAACAAGCAUUUAAUAUCUUUAAAGCUUAAAGGGGUUUUGUAAUGUCUGUUGAAUCAAAUGCGUUAAUGAAAAAUGUUUGUAAAUUUUAUCAGCAAUGGUUUAGAGGUGAAAUGGCUUUCAGCCCUCAUGUCACUGAAGGAUCUCUGGCCAUUUUGACAAACAUAUCAGUCUAACUCCAGGUUAGAGAUUUAUAUUUAUAAAUGACGAACAAGUAAAAAAAAACUAACAAAAACAAGAGGCUGCCUUUGUUAAAUGCCUGUAAAAAUAUUUUGUACAUUUAUUAAACUCAUGUACCUAAUGCAAUUUAUUUCCCUAGCUAGGGGGGGAUUAUGUUUACUGUCUCAUGUGGUACUGCAGUAUAGUAAUUUAUUAUGUGAAUGUUUUGUAACCAUGAUCUCGACUGUAGUGGUGCAAGUGUUUUGUGCCCACAUUAUUGCAUUGCGACACAUUUCAAAUAAAAAGAAAUUAUAUAUUUAAACA